AUAAAUAUAUAUAUAUAUAUAUAUCCCGGGGAAAAUGUCGUGAAGUGCGGUCGACGGGGCCUGCGUCGGAGAGUGCCUGGGCCCGGCUCCCCGCGCUUAUAUGCCCUGUCCCCCGGCGGCCGCCUCACCCUCCUGCUCCAUGUGGGGCUCGGGCCGGGCUCUCGGCUUUUCCUCCUCUUCCUUCUCCUCCUUCUACUAUGGCCCGGAAAACAGUUAGCAGGAAGCGGAAAGCGGCGGCGGCCGCCGCCGGGGGGCUGCAGGGGGAGCAGUAUGGCUGGGACCACUCAGUUCACAAAAGGAAAAGACUCGCCCCAGUGAAAAGGUCCCUGGUGUAUUAUCUGAAAGGUAGAGAGGUCAGGAUGCAGAAUGAGUCCAGUUAUUACCGCUUGUUGCACGGAUAUGCAGCCCAGCAUCUUCCUAGCCUCCUGAAGGAGAAAGAAUUUCACCUCGGCACCCUCAAUAAAGUGUUUGCCUCGCAGUGGCUGAACCACCGACAAGUGGUGUGUGGGACAAAAUGCAACACAUUAUUUGUAGUAGAUGUCCAGACUGGUCAAAUUACCAAGAUUCCUAUUCUGAAAGAUCGUGAACCCGGCAUGGUGAACCAGCAGGGAUGUGGUAUUCAUGCCAUUGAGCUCAACCCCUCAAGGACCCUUCUGGCCACAGGUGGAGACAACCCCAACAGUCUUGCAAUUUAUCGUCUGCCAACGCUUGAUCCUGUCUGUGUGGGAGAUGAUGGACAUAAGGACUGGAUAUUUUCAAUUGCGUGGAUCAGUGAUACUAUGGCUGUUUCUGGUUCCCGGGAUGGUUCGAUGGGUCUCUGGGAAGUCACAGAGGACGUGUUGUCCAAAAGCGAUGCCAGGCAUAAUCUCUCUCAAGUUCCUGUCUAUGCCCACAUAACACACAGGGCUCUGAAGGAUAUCCCCAAGGAGAACACCAAUCCUGACAACUGCAAAGUUCGAGCAUUGGCUUUCAACAAUAAGAACAAGGAACUGGGAGCUGUGUCCCUAGAUGGGUACUUUCAUCUUUGGAAAGCAGAGCACACACUAUCAAAGUUACUUUCCACAAAGUUGCCAUACUGCAGGGAGAACGUGUGUCUGGCUUAUGGUCAGGAGUGGUCAGUGUAUGCAGUAGGAUCACAGGCACAUGUCUCCUUUCUGGAUCCCAGGCAGCCUUCUCACAGUGUUAAAUCCGUCUGUUCCAAAGAACGAGGCAGUGGUAUUCGAUCAGUGAGCUUCUAUGAGCACAUCAUCACAGUGGGAACAGGGCAAGGUUCCUUAUUGUUUUACGAUAUCAGAGCCCAGAGGUUCCUGGAUGAAAAGCCCCCACGUGCCUGCCAUGGACAGAAGCAGAAACUGGGAGGAGGUGAAAUUUUGAAGUUGACUACUGGGAAAGGCUGGCUGAAUCAUGAUGAAACCUGGAGGAAUUAUUUUUCUGACAUAAAUUUCUUCCCAAAUGCUGUUUACACCCACUGCUACGACUCUUCUGGGACGAAACUGUUUGUGGCAGGAGGCCCCCUUCCAUCAGGACUUCAUGGGAAUUAUGCUGGUCUCUGGAGCUAAUGAUAACUCUUUAUAAAUGCUGAUCUUUACACAGAUUUCCAUUUUAUUUUCCGUUUUUUAACAACAAAAUUGUGUGAUGUCACUGAUUUCUGAUUUAAAUACAAGUUAUUUUUUGGCUGAGUUUUCUGUUGGUCUCCAACAGUUUUGUACAUCUUUUUGAACCAGCUUUUUGCUUUAACCUCCUUGAUCCUUUAUAUGAAGGGGAUUUGAAGUCCCUUUUUAUUGUAUUUCUCCAAAUGACCCUUCCCCCACAUUUAGGCUAUCUUGGCCGCAUGCCCCCUCCCCUACUUUGCUGUGAGGUAGGAUUCCUUUCUUACAGAGUGGUUGCUCCUGGGCUUUCUGUGAAAAUCUAGGGGUUGCGUGUGUGCAGGUACUUUGUGUCAGUUACAUUACCUGAAGUGAGGACUACUUGUAAUUAAAAAUAUUAAAAUAUUUAUAAGAGAUAAGCUACUACUUUAUCUGCAGAGCCUGGCCCUGGCCUGGGUUGAUCUUAUUUUUUAAAAGUACAAGUCUAAUGACACUGUUUAUAUGUAGAGGAAUAUGGUAAUUUUAAGCUGCACUCAUUGAAGCCCAGGGAUGGAUUCCCCAGCUGUAUUACCCAUCAAGCCCGAACUGCAGAAAUGCAGGAGUUCUCAAAAGUGCAUUUGUAUUUGAAAUGUAGUUUUCAGCAAUGCCAGGAGCAAAAAUUGAUCUUCUAGUCCUUUUCUGCCUGUCCCUGGUAUCAGCUUGCACAACUGGAGUUAGCAUAGGCUGUUCUGCAGCAUGGCUAUUGCAGAAUGACAUUAUACUGAGGGCCUGCAGAGGUGCUGAGAGGAAAUGGGGAGAAUGGACAUGAAUGUUCUUAUCAUUCAAAAUGAGCUAAAUCUAACCAUUUUCCAGAUGAGCCAAGGUUCCCAAGUAUGCUGCUGUGGUAGCUCAUGGGUGCUUCAUAAACUGCCUAAAACCCAGGACCCCUUUUGUCCCAGCUUGUGGAAACUUCCCAUUUUAGCUGUUCUGGUUGGCCAUCUCCUCUAAUAAGCCAAUGGAAUAAAUAAACUCUUUUUUUCUCCAA